GUUUACGAAUUGAAAGUACCUUCACUUACUCAGGAUAGGUAAAGGAGUGUAAGCGGAUGGUGGUUAAGAGUGCUGGAGGGUAUGGACAACACCCUUGCUGACAGCUGGGAAUAUUCUACAGGAAAAAAAUGUCAAAGGGAAUCUGAUUAGUUCGUGGUGUGUGCUGGCAAAGCUUAAAGAGGCCUGUAUCAGGCAAUUCGCUUGUUACAGUGUGCGAUUUCCCGGUGACUCCAGAGACCAAUCCACAUGUUGGCUUUAAAGUGUACGUUUGAUCUCCACGCUGAUGUGAUACCCCAUCUCUUGGAAUUACGGGAAAACACAAAUCAAGGGACAGUAGAAACAGCUACUUUUCCUCAUGAGAGAAAAGCUCAGAUUGUCAAUGUGGAAGGAAAUGGCUGCAUCCUGUACACAUGGAAGGGUGCUUAUGGAAGUACAUAUGUGGGAAUUUAUGAUCCGUCUUCAAGACAAAACAAGAUUCUCUAUUCCUUUGAGAAAGAAGUUUCCAUUAUCAGCUGCUCCGUCAACAGAGCAAACACACUGUUGGCUGUUAGUAUUUUGCAGAAGACGGACCAUUUGAAAGAUCACUUCCGGCCAGUUUCUAAAUGUCUAACACUACUUAUUGAGAUUCAUCCUGUCAAUAACACCAAAGUUUUGAAAGCUGUGGACAAACAUGUACGAGUGCAGUUUCUAUAUCCUGAGUAUGAAAACAAAUGUAUACUUGAAAGUCAUUUGCUGCUUAUUUCAGAAGACAGGUAUAUUGAACAACUACACAUAAGCCUUACUAUAGAAGAAGGAUACAGAGUUGUUUUACAAAACUUGGAUUGCAUUCCUAAAGACAAAGUGGCAGAAGAUUUUUCCUGGGUUCAAUGGGAUGCACAGACUCAGAUGCUGCAUCUCCUUUUUUUAAAGGAUAACUGGAUUCUAAAGUGUUAUCAGUUUUAUCCUGAUCGUAACUUUGAUGUUAUGUUUCAGGUACCGCUUGAUUUGCCAGUGAAACCCAUUUCUAAAGGGAGACUUGUUAACUUUGGACAUGGAUACUGUGAGGAAAAUGAGACUGCUGCUACAUUGAAUCUUCGUGUUUUCACAAGUGGAACAGAGAGAAGUAUGUGUGUAUGCUACAGUCAUCCAACAGUACCUAAUAAGGAAGAAGCUUACACAGUAGCUUUCAUUCACAGAGGUUGUAGUAAAACAUUCACAGUUUCUUCUGAAAUAAUGAAUUCGCCUAGGCCAAGUCAAGUUUUUUUUGUUAAUUUAGAUUAUUAUAUUGCUGUGUGCUCGCCUGGACAUUUUAUUCACUUCAUUAAUACAAAACAAACAGAUUACCCUUGUCAUAACCUAUAUUUCUCAGGUCAAGAUUCUGAAAUUUGCUCACUAAGCUCUAAGAGCAUCAUAGUAUCCACGCCUGAUGCCACACUAAUUGAUGUACAGAUGGGGAAGAUAUGGAAAGCCAGCUUAAGUCACUCUGCUCUGUUGGAGUUUUUGCAUAGGAGUAAAUUUGAUAGUCAUAAACUGGGUGCUUUGCACUGUGCUGUUGUAUAUCUGGCCCGAGAGGAAAAUUUGGAUGUGGAGAUUAUAAACUGGCUAACUGAGAAAUGGACAAGUAAUACAAAUUUCAAUCUUUAUCAAGAAUUUAUAUUGGCUUCAUUAUACAGAAAAAUACGUUCUGAUUCAUUCAGUUUAGACAAAAUUCUUCCAUAUACUUCAGUGUCUGUUUGGGAAGAGGAAAUCCCUGGAGUAAAGUGCUCAUCUGAUCUCUUGCCGCAACCAACCUUCUUGGACAGGACAAGAAAUCUGAAAGGAUUUUGGGAAGAAUUCAGAUACAAUGUGGAGGUCCUCAACUACUUUGACGCUGCCCCAAAUCUAAGAUACAACAAUAGUUUAAUCAGAGAAGAAUGGAAUAACCUCCUUGCUGAGAUGAGUUCUGAGGAGUCAAAAUCAUCCAGUCACUUACGACACUUUUUGGAAAACACUAAAAAGGUUCUUUCCAUUCUGGAUACUUGGCGCUUAGAUACAAGAGUGGUUCCACUGUUUCAAGAGGAAGACAACCAGCAGAGGGUGCUCAUUGGCCUGAUUGUGGACAAACUUAGGGACCACCUCAAUCGACAUUUCAGUCGUCUAGGAAAGAAAAAGAUUGACAUGCUUGCUCUUAAUUAUGUGGCUGAGCUUCUGGCAUUAAUCAAGCAAAUACUGGAAACAGUCUGGGUUAAAUAUGAGCUUGAUUCACAGGCUCUCUGCUUAAAACAUCAAGGGAACUCUGCUGAGUGGGCAGUCUUCCACAUAAUGUGUCAGAUUUUGGAAGCAGGAAAGGAUUUAUGCUUACCUUUUCCCCCUGGUUUUCACUCUCUUCAUGCUGUUUUGGGUGUUCGUUGUCUUCCAAUCCACACUUUCCUUUUGUAUAUUGAUCAUGGUGUUCUACAGCUCACAGAAACAUUUGUGACACUUUUGAUGAAAGAUCUUGAUAACACCCAGAAAAAUGAACAGCUUAAAUUCAGUGUCAUGUCCAGACUUUCAGAGACUAUGAGUCAAAAACUGUAUCAUUUGUGGGAUCAUCCAAUAACAUCUGCCUUCAUUGCACAGAACUAUGUGAAGACUCUGUUUGCAAAUCAUGGGAGCAAAGAGUGCUCUUUCAUUAAUGAGGAUUACAGCAACUUUCAUCUGGGAUUUUUGCCUCUUGCUUACUUGGCACAAAAACUGUCUGCAAUGGAAAAUAUGGCUGUGAACCCAUUUGAAGAACAAGAGAAUGUGGAUGCAAAGUUUGUAGAGGAGUUUGCUCUUAAGAAUACAUCAAUAGAACUUGGCUUUGAGAAAAAAUGAAGGUACACGAGUGCUGAAAAACGUUUAAGCUGCUACACUGUUCAGACACACCUAACUAAUUCAAAGAAAGGAAAGUGUUCUGUUAAAAAUGACUCUGUUGGGGCCACUAAGACUACUUAAGUACCAAUUACUUUGUACUGUAUAUAAAUGAAAACAUAAUACUCAAAAUGUAAUGUGUUUUUUCAAACAUGUAAAAAAACUAAUGCAAAGGGAUUUCUGUCUGACUUAAGUCAUUAUAAUAUUCAUUCUAAAUUUGGAAAAACAUUACAUUUUUUUAUACAUUUUCCAUAACAGUAUGCUGUUUUCACAAACCCUCCAAAUGUUGUGUUUGUGGAAUGUAUUAGUAAAUUGUUUACCGUAACUUAAAUUAAUUUGCUGCUACUAAUUAUAAAAUAAAAUGAAUUUUUUCUGAUCA